AUGGAGGAUUCGAAGGUUGAAGUGAUGAGCGAUAUUCACCUCGGUUGCCCACCCGCCAUUAACGCACCAUUUCUUUCUCGUUUCACCUUCUCCUUUCCACUCGGUGGUACCUCUUUCUUCCAUUCGAAUGAUAAUUGUAUUGGUGUUGACAAAGACGGUGAUCUUCUGCUUCCUAGACGCCCUACCCGAUCAGCUCACUCGUUUACUAUCACUAUCCAGCAUUGUAUCACUUCCAAGCUCCGGGAUGUUGGUUUGCAGGUAUGGAAAGCAGAGCUUGUCUUAUCAGAAUUUGUGUUGCAUAACAUGUGCACAUCAUCUGACCUCAAUGGCAUUGUGUGCCUCGAACUCGGUGCUGGAACAGGCCUGCUUGGUAUAUUGCUUGCAAGGGUGGCUAAGGCAGUUUUCCUCACCGAUUAUGGAGACGAUAUUCUUGGCAACUGUGUUCAGAACGUGGAAAUGAAUUCAUCCUUGUUUAACCCUCAAGCUGUGGUAAAUGUUCGUGAGCUCAACUGGAUGAGCAAAUGGCCUACCGAAGAAAGCCAUGGUGACUGCAGGCAUCCACAAAAGUAUUGUUGGAGCUUGCAGGACUUUGAACUAGUCAAAAGUGCAAGCUUCAUUUUUGCAGCAGAUGUGAUCUAUAGCGAUGAUCUAACAAUUGCGCUGUUCAGCAUGUUAAAGCGAUUGAUGUCAUUCGGUUGUGAAAAGGUACUAUAUUUGGGAUUGGAGAAACGAUACAACUUCAGCCUUGAUGAUCUCGAUGUUGUUGCCAAUGGCUACGCCUGCUUUAGAAGCUACAUCAAAGAAGAUGGACUUUGUGAGAAAGGGGAGAGGAGUUUUGUGGGGAAGCGCAUCGACGUCACACAGAUACCUCAGUACGUGAAGGGUUAUGAUAGAGGAGAGGAUGUUGAGUUAUGGGAGAUCAAAUAUGUACGUUCUUAA